CGGGCGCGGGCGCUUCCUCACGGGCGCACAGAAUCGAACGAAGCCCUUGUGGCCAUAGGAACCAGCGUCAGCUCAGCAGUGACUCGCGCGUGAGCUAGAUCGCGCUCACUGGCAGUGCGAUGAAUGCCGCGCCCCUGGUAGAAGCGGCAAGCGCGACCAUGGCCAGCGUCACCCAGCCUGCCGCUAGUCAGCUGCCUUACCCAGCUUCGCUCGAACCGCUCCUCCACUGGCUCAACACGACUCUUACACGAGCAGAGGGCAUCUACGACAGCAUACCCGGCAGUGCCAUCGUCUGGCGCUACGUCAAAGUCUCGCAUCAAAAUGAUCCAUUCAGGACAGUGCUCGAGAUUCUCCUGUUUUUCUUCGUCAUCCGUACCGUGCUCCAAUCGAGGACGAGGGGAGAUCGGUCAGGCAAGCACUUUAUCAAGUUUUCUCAGCGAGAGAUCGACGAACUCGUCAACGAGUGGACGCCGGAGCCUCUCAUGCCUGCCCCCCCGCGCGCUGCAAACGGCGCUGUACAGUCUGCAGAACAAGCCUAUCACAAACCGCCCGUCAUCAUUGGGCCGGCAAUACUCCGUCCACAAGUCGCCGUCUCGUCCGAGGGUGGUCAACGUCAAGUUCUGAACGUCACCACGCCCAACUUUGCAGGCUUGUUCGCAGACGAACACGUCAAAGGCAAAGCUAUCGAGUGUCUGCGUUCUUACGGCGUCGGCAGUUGCGGUCCUCCCGGCUUCUAUGGCACUUUUGAUGUGCACAUGCAGCUCGAACGCGCUAUUGCGCUGUUCCUGGGCGUCCAAUCGUCGAUCAUCUACUCUCAAUGGUUCUCCACUGCCUCGUCUGUCAUUCCGUCCUUCUCAAAGCGUGGCGACAUCAUUGUUGCCGAUCGAGCCGUCAAUUUCGCUAUCCAGAAAGGCAUCCAGAUCUCUCGUUCGACGGUGCGCUAUUACGACCAUAACAAUCUCGACAGCCUCGAAAAGGUUCUCGAAGGCAUUCGCAAGGAUGACAAGAAAUACAAUCGUGAUCCUACCAAGAGCAGGCGGUUCAUCGUCACUGAAGGCAUAUUUGAGAACGAUGGCGCACUGCUCGAUCUGCCACGCGUGAUCGAGCUGAAGCUGAAGUACAAGUACAGACUCAUACUCGACGAAUCCUGGUCAUUUGGCGUGCUGGGCAAGACCGGACGUGGACUGUCGGAAUACUAUGGAUUGCCGGCGGGCGAUAUCGACAUUCUAUUAGGCUCCAUGUCAGUUGGAUUGAGUGCAGCCGGUGGCUUCUGCGCAGGCACGAUCGAUGUAGUCAACCACCAGCGCAUCAAUUCAGCCGCAUUUGUGUAUUCGGCCGCUAUGCCGCCUUUGCUAGCUGUAGCAGCCACGGCAACGAUCGAUAUACUGUCAAACGCCAGCAGGCCGCAUCCUCUCACAGGCCUGUCAGACAAUGUCAAGGCGCUAAGGACGGCGCUAGACAAGCUUUCGGACAUUGUCGAUGUUCCCUCGCACCGGGAAUCUCCAACAAUUCACAUCUUUUUGAGAGAUCCUCCCACUGCAGACAUCGGACAGCAAGAAGCGAUACUGCAACAAAUCGCAGACGACUGCCUGGCGCAGGGCGUGCUCAUCGCACGAAAUCAGCGCCUGUGGUUGCAAGAACUGCCGAGCGAGAUCGACAGACCUAGUCUGCGAUUAUGUCUCAGCGCAGCUUUCAACAAGCAAGAGACGCAAAGAAUCGCAAGCGUUCUCUCUCAGUGUAUAAAGGCGAACCUAAGCUGAAACGGUAACAUGGUAACAUUGCAUUAUGUCGAAAUGUGCCUCAUCACCUCUGCUGCGUGAUGUCGUUGCAGACUGUCAAUGCAUGAGUUAGAAAGGGGGGCAAAGACGUCAAGCGACUGACUAGUAAAGCAUCACAUCGGCCUGCAUGACGCCUUCGAUUGAGAUCUUCGCUGAGGGCGACAAGUCGAUUUGCUGGGCUUCAUUGCCGAGUAGAAGUCUUCCCGUCUCGUCGACAUGAAGCCGAUUGACAGAUCCGACUGCAUCUCCUGCGUGUGCUGCUGCUGCUGCUGCUGCUGCUGAUGAUGUAUGGGAGGCGGAGUCAACUUGUGGCUGCUUUAUGUCCAGCAGGAUCUGUUGCUGUGGCCUGCCGGCUACUUUGAGAGCGUUGAGCUCUUGGCGCACCUCUUCUUGGCUUUCUUCAAUGACAUGACGGGCGAGACCGUCGAG